GCUUGCACAGGUUUUCCACUCCAACUGCAGGCGAAGGCAGGUCGAUGUGUGUGGAAGUGCUAUCUGCCAGAGUGACAGCAGAAAGACCAGGUUGUGAGUCUGUUGUGGCUGGGGAGCUGCUCUAAAGUAGCAGCCCCAUUUAGCCCAGGAAACCCAAUGGCGUCCGUAGGAGACGAGGCCACAGUGGAAUACUGGAAGAACAGGGCUGAGGAUUUCGAGGAAAAACUGCUGGCCAAUCAGGUUGAGUUUGAGGAGUACCAGGAGAGCAGUGCAGCGUUGGAAGCGGAGCUAGAGGCUCAGCUACAGCUGGAUGAGAAGAAGAUCUCCGACCUGCAAGGCAGGAACGUCAGAUUCGAACAGGACAACCACAACCUGCAGGACAAGCUUGAGUGUCUGAAUCGCAAGUCUCAGCAGCACAUCGAGCAGCUGGAGUGCGAGGUUCAGCGCUUGUCUGUGCAAUGUCAAACCGUGCAGAACUACACCCGGGAGCUGGAGCAAACCAACGAUGAUUUGGACAGGGCCCAACGUGCAACAGUUCAGUCGCUCACUGAUUUCGAAGUGCGUCUGAACGCUGCCCUGGAGCGCAAUGCACUACUGGAGGGAGAGCUGGAUGAGAAAGAAGAUCUUCUGGUGAUGGUGCAACGGCUCAAAGAUGAAUCCAGAGAUAUGCAGCAGGAACUGUUCAUUCGAGCACAGACAUCUCGGAGCUCGUUCGUCACUCCCAUGAUGAUGUUCAAUGAGCGCUGUGCCGACUCUUCAGUUGGAAUAGGAGGCCUUCGAGGAAACAUGGCUGCUACCGGUGCUAGUCCCAUGACUUCACAUCGGAGCUCGUCGGAUUUCCCUGCUGCUAUUACUAGUAACGGCUUGCGAACUGCCAGUCCGCAUUCCCGAGCUAUAAAGUCCAGGAGCGUGGGUGCCUACCUGCCUACGGCUUUGUCGAAUGGCGGCGAUGUCUGUGGCAUCAGCAAUCUUGGACUUCAGGCGGACUCGACGUAUGGCAGCGGUGACAUCACCAGGUCCGUCUCUUGCGUUCAGGAGGAGACGGGCGGAGACGAACAGAAACAUUUUCCGCCCGACAACCAGAGGCAGCAGCAUGAUACGAACCACCACCAACGGCAGCAGCAGAACUUCCACCAUCAUGCGCAAACGCAAACGCAGCAGCCACAGCCACAGCAGCAACCCCGACUGCCGCACACGCCUCGUCGUCAGUCUGACCAAUCGAUCAGACUCGGUCCCGAGCCGAUCACACCGCAGACCGACGAUAUGGGUGCACCUCAGCACUUCUCCUACGGCGCUGUGGAUGUUAGUCCAACGCACGAUAUCUUCCGUGCUCGUCGCAGUCAAGACAAAGGCAAUGAUGAUGAUGAUGAGUGCGAUAGCCUGGAAGCCUCGCAGCAAAGCGCCAUCGCCACCACACCGCUGCAUCCGAAAGCGCAGCGGCGUACCAGUCGCUCUUCAUCUAUUAGUCAUCGGAAGCGCAAGCAUUCAUCGGGCUGCCUCUCUUUCCUCUGCUGUCCGCUAGGUUCGUCUCAACCUUCACCCUAGUCGUAGUGCCAGGCUACUCUCAGCAUCCAGAGAUUCUCUAAUAUGCUGGAAGCGCAGCACAGGCUAUGAUGGCAUGGUGAACAGUGGGGAGAACAACUGAUCGCAGGGCCGCGAAGGCACCCCAGCGCCCGUCCUUCCCAGCGACGGUAACACCGAGGCUACGCAGUACGCACUGUUCUGUGUGCUGUCUCUCCGCGCACUCUUCCGCGGGGCUCGGCCAUUGUUUGCAUUGUCUCGCUGGUAGGAACGGGGUCCGGUGCGUCUUCAAGACCUGCUGGAGUCGAGCUGGUGCUUGUGUUAUCGUAACGCAUGCGGUGGGGGCUGCCUGGAGAGUAACGAUGAUCGCCAUGCCCUGUCCGUAGUAGUGUAUGCAGUAUGCUAGUGUGCAGAGAGCUGCGUGCUGAUGUGUGAUACCAACGCUGAUGGCGCGGUGGCGCAGCGCGAAUGCCGAUCGCGAUCGCGAUUGAGCACCGUGCUGCGAAUACAAUAUGAAUGCUGAUUGCGCAGUGCACAGUGCAAUAAUGCCUUUGGAAGAGAGGAGCUUGCCAAUGACACCGUGCCAAUGACCCAGUGCCACUGCUAAGAGACAUGGAGCAGCUUUGGCAAUGUUACAGUGCCGUGCAGUGCCAGUGUGAUGUGGUUGUGCAUGUAGUGCCAAUGACCCAGUGCCGAUGCUAAUAGACAUGCAGCACCGGUGGCAAUGUCGGCAAUGAUUAUGUAACAGUUGCGUGCGCGCGUUGCAGUGGCAGUGUGAUUAUGGAAGUGGAUGUAGUGUGACGUGAUGGCGGCUAGCUGAUCUACCCCAGCAGCUGAGCACUGUGAGCAGUGUCAAUGCUAGUAUUACUAAUAGACAUGUUGGCAGUGUUACGGUCCCCGUGCCAGUGUGACUCGGUGACAGUUGCUAGCUGAUCUACCUCAGCAGCUGGGCAGUACUGCCGUAGUACAGUGACUUCAUCUCGCCUCUUAACAAACAUGUAUACAUUGUGUGCGCAUGCACCGUGUCACCGCAUACAUGCAGACUUCAUCUCGCCUCAACAUGUAUACAUUGUGUGUGCACCGUGUCACCGCAUACAUGCAGACUUCAUCUCGCCUCAGCAUGUAUACAUUGUGUGUACACCACGCAACCGCAUGUGUGCUGACUUCAGCUUGAUCAUCACUGUUCUACGGCAACAUUUCAAGUUUCAAGCAUUCUUUCCGUGUCUGCGGGCGUUCACGCUGGUUGAGGUGCACAGCGGGGUGUAUUGACACCAGUGUGUGAUUUCCGAUAGUGGCACCGGUUCUGCUGUCCGCCUGGCAAUGUUGCACUACAUGUCUACACACUGUAAACUGGAAUAACGCCAGUGGACUGCUAUGGCGGCAGUUUACUCCCAGUUGAUGCAACGCCCAGUGCUGAUUCUCUUCCGUCACUGGACCAGCCUCAAGUGGCGUGUUGCAUCCUGCGCCCGGCCCUGCGGCCACUGUACCCGCUCUGCUCACAUGCUGCAAUCUGAGCAUGCUCUCUGAGUGCUCAGUGACGCAGUCGGUGGUGGCUGUGCAAUGCGGAAAGUCAUGGUGCCAAGCGAUCGCCAGCUGGAGUUCUGUUUGACACGAGAGUAGUGAUCUGUUGAUAUUGUUAUCAUGGCUACACCAACGUUGCUGCUACACCAUCCAGCAUCAUAUUACGUCAUCCCUGUCCUUGUUGGUUCUCUGCGCUUGAAGACGUGACUGCCUCUCUCUCUCUCUCUCUCUCUCUCUCUCUCUCUCUCUCUCUCUCUCUCUCUCUCUCUCUCUCUCUCUCUCUCUCUCUAUCUCUAUCUCUCUCUCUCUCUCUCUCUCUCUCUCUCUCUCUCUCUCUCUCUCUCUCUCUCCCUCCCUCUCUCUCUCUCUCUCUCUCUCUCUCUCUCUCUCUCUCUCUCUCUCUCUCUCUCUCUCUCUCUCUCUCUCUCUCUCUCUCUCUCUCUCUCUCUCUCUCUCUCUCUCUCUCUCUCUCUCUCUCUCUCUCUCUCUCUCUCCCUCUCUCUCUCUCUCUCUCUUUCUCUCUCUCUCUCUCCCUCUCUCCCUCUCUCUCUCUCUCUCUCUCUCUCUCUCUCUCUCUCUCUCUCUCUCUCUCUCUCUCUCUCUCUCUCUCUCUCCAGUUUACAGUAUGUUGGUGCCCCCCCCCCCCCAGUACACAGUGUGCAAUGGGCGGGCACUUUUCCUUGUCCACUUGUCGCUGGAAUUGCUAAUCUCACCGCUGUUCUCCUGUUUUGUUUGUUUUCUUAACACAUUUGGCCAGUGCUAUUUUCAUUGACUAACUGGACUGUGAAGACCUGCUCCCCACUUAACACAUGUGCCUAUCAGAUACCGACUUUGAUCCUAUCAAAAUAGAUACACAUCUUUAUUUAUUCGUACCGUUUACGUACGGCUCACAUAACAUGCCCGUUUUCGAACUGCUGGUUUUUCGUCGUUGUCGUCUUGGCCGCCCCCGUGUGUGCGUCUUGUGCUGAAUCGCUAUGCUAUGCCGUUGGUCAUUUUGUUAAACACGCGUACGGUGUCAUGCUUGUUUACUUGUGGCGAUUUGCUAGUGUUGCCACGGCGUCUGUGCUUGGCCUGGGUCGUGCUUUAAAUGCUCCCAUCGUUGCGUGUGUCGUCCGGCUUCUGUUGUCGGCACGGCAGAAUGGAAUUGUUCGGUGUGCAUAGUAUUUAUUUGCUGUCAAUAUCAUAUCAACCUCUCAUUAUUUAUUCUAAUAACUUAGUUGUCAAUAUGACUGUAUGUUGUCAGCCGAUAUGCCAGCUGUGUGUAGGCGUGCACCGGGUGGAUACUUGUGCUUGUAUCACAGUGCUGCUAGUACCUGGUGCUGUACAGAACACGGUAGCAAGUGGAAUCAUCUGAUUGCUCAAUUGUUUGGAAAAUUGGACCCAACUGGCCCACAUUUCAUUGCUUCAGUUCAAAAUCGCAAGAUGAAAUCGUUGAUACCGCGGCUGCCGCACCGGUUCUCAUG